AUGUCUCGCAAUGCUUUAGUCACUGGUGCUGCACGAGGAAUUGGACGUGCAAUUGCUCUUCGCCUUGCCAGAGAUGGUUUCAAUGUAGCUGUCAAUGAUACCGCAAUGAGACCAUUGGAGCUCAACAGAGUUCGACAAGAAAUUGAAACAAUUGGUCGAAAGUCUGCCGCUGUCAUUGCUAAUGUUUCUAUUGAUAAAGAAGUUAAAGCAAUGAUGCAGAAUGUCGUAAUGGUAGCCAAUGCGGGAAUCGCUCAGGUGAAACAGCUUAUUGAUGUCACUGCAGAAGAGUGGGACAAUAUAUUUGCAAUCAACAUGCGUGGUGUAUUUUUGUGCUACAAAGAAGCUGCCAAAGCUAUGAUUGCCCAAGGUAGUGGAGGCAAAAUUAUUGGAGCUUGCAGUAUCGUUGGAUACAAGCCAUUUUCGAUGAUGAGUCCUUAUUCUGCCAGUAAAUGGGGUGUACGUGGUCUUACACAAGCCGCCGCCAUGGAAUGGGCGAAACACAAAAUCACGGUCAAUGCGUAUUGUCCAGGUAUGUUUCAUACUAUUUUCUUUAAAAUAAUUAAGUAUGUUUUUGCAAUUAAAACAGGGAUUGUCCAAACUGCAAUGUGGGAUAUGAUUGAUGAAGAAUUGGCAAAAAGCGAAGGCAAGCAAAAAGGAGAAGUGAUCAAAGAUUAUUCAAACAGGCUCAUAGCACUUGGUCGUACUAGUGUGCCGGAAGAUGUAGCAAACUUUGUAUCGUAUCUUGCAAGCAAAGAUUCUGACUACAUGACUGGACAGAGUAUUAUGAUUGAUGGUGGAAUUGAAUUUUCUUAA